GAUACAAUAUCAGGGAUCUCCUGGUAAGGCUUCUGGCUACCAUUAGUUCUGACUACUGAGGUUUUGAUGAGAAAAAUGGCUGUGAGUUUUGAAAUGUCUUUGAGGUAAUUAUAGAUAUAUUCCCCAAAAUCAAGUAAAAGGAACUGGCCACAAUGCAGCGGAAGCUACUGGCUCCCGUGCCUCGACAGGUGAAGCUACCGGCUCCCGUGCCUCAGCAGGUGAAGCAGCCACCCAUAACGCCUCUGUAAGCGUCACGACUGGCCCAAAUACCUUAGCUGAAGCAACUGGCCACAAUGCUUCAUCAAGCGCCACGACUGUCCCAAAUGCCUUAGGUGAAGCAGCUGGCCACAGGGCCGCGCAAGCCAUCACCCAUAAUGCCUCGGCAAGAAUGGCAACUGGCCCAAAUACCUUAGGUGAAGCAACUGGCCACGGUGCCUCGGCAGCGGAAGCAACUGGACACAGUGCCAUGCAAACGGCCACUCAUAAUGCCUCAGAAGCGGCCAACCACAAUGCCUCUGCAAGCGUCACGACUGGCCCAAAUAUCUUAGGUGAAGCAAAUGGCCACAAUGCUUCAUCAAGCGUCACGACUGGCCCAAAUACCUUGGGUGAAGUAUCCGACUCCCGUGCCUCAGCAGAAGCAGCAACCCAUAAUACCUCAGCAAGCAUCACGACUGGCCCAAAUACCUUGGGUGAAGUAUCCGACUCCCGUGCCUCAGCAGAAGCAGCAACCCAUAAUAUCUCAGCAAGCGUCACGACUGGCCCAAAUACCUUAGCUGAAGCAACUGGCCACAAUGCUUCAUCAAGCGCCACGACUGGCCCAAGUGCCUCAGGUGAAGCAACUGGCCACAGUGCCUCUGCAGAGGAAGCAACUGGCCACAGUGCCACGCAAGCGGCCACCCAUAAUGCCUCGACAAGUGUGGUAGCUGGCCCAAAUACCUUAGCUGAAGCAACUGGCCACAAUGCUUCAUCAAGCGCCACGACUGGCCCAAGUGCCUCAGGUGAAGUAACUGGCCACAGUGCCUCUGCAGAGGAAGCAACUGGCCACAGUGCCACGCAAGCGGCCACCCAUAAUGCCUCGACAAGUGUGGCAGCUGGCCCAAAUACCUUAGGUGAAGCAAUUUGCCACAGUGCUUCAUCAAGCGCCACGACUGGCCUAAAUACCUUCGGUGAAGCAACCGGCCACUUUGCCUCUGCAGCGGAAGCAACCGGCCACGGUACCUCAAGUGCGGAAUCUGGUUCAAAUGCCUCGGCAGAAGCGACAGGCGCCCUUGCCUCGGCAGAAGCGACAGGCGCCCUUGCCUCGGCAGAAGCGACAGGCGCCCUUGCCUCGGCAGAAGCGACAGGCGCCCUUGCCUCGGCAGAAGCGACAGGCGCCCUUGCCUCGGCAGAAGCGACAGGCGCCCUUGCCUCGGCAGAAGCGACAGGCGCCCUUGCCUCGGCAGAAGCGACAGGCGCCCUUGCCUCGGCAGAAGCGACAGGCGCCCUUGCCUCGGCAGAAGCGACAGGCGCCCUUGCCUCGGCCGACAGGCGCCCUUGCCUCGAAGCGACAGGCGCCCUUGCCUCGGCAGAAGCGACAGGCGCCCUUGCCUCGGCAGAAGCGACAGGCGCCCUUGCCUCGGCAGAAGCGACAGGCGCCCUUGCCUCGGCAGAAGCGACAGGCGCCCUUGCCUCGGCAGAAGCGACAGGCCUUGAACAGGAGGGCCAACUCCUCAAGCAACAUGGAUUUUAG